ACGUGACUCUUGCGUUCUUCCUCCGCGACGGGACAGCUGACCGUUUCUCUCCGCACGGCGGCUACAGCCUAAAAGCUCCAACAAACCUGAUUCAUACUUGAAUGUUCCUGGCGCGUUCCUUGUUCAGGAUGUCAUGCCAUACACCCCCGCUGGCGAGACUGGAACAGAGGGCAGCCGAGGCUGACCAGCUCAUCGAAUACCUCAAGCAGCAGGUCCAGCUGCUCAAGCAGAAAGCCACCGUGCAGGCCAGCGUCAGAGAGGAGAAGAAGCUGAUGGUGGAGAAUGCCAAGCUGAAGAAGGAAAUCGAGGAAUUGAAGAGGCAGCUACUCGAGAAGGAACGAAGCAGAGGAGUGGUGGUGCCCAUGCCCUCAGCGGACUCCGGCGUCCAGUGUGUGUCCAAACCCUCAGCAACAGACUCACCAGCUCCAGCAGCUCCUGCCCCCAGCAGUAAAGUCCCACCAGCAGCAAACAGCCAGGCCAAGACGAAAGCCAAAGCAGAAAAGAAAGGGGAGAAGCAGGAGAAGAAAGCCCCGCCCCCGCAGGAGGAUUUGAAGGUGGACGUGUCCCGUUUGGACCUACGUGUCGGGCGAAUCAUCUCGGCCGAAAGGCACCCGGACGCCGACGCCCUUUACGUGGAGCAGGUGGAUGUGGGUGAAGCAGCGCCGCGCAUCGUCGUCAGCGGCCUCGUCAAACACGUCCCACUGGAGCAGAUGCAGAACCGAAUGGCCGUGCUGCUGUGCAACCUGAAGCCGGCUAAGAUGAGGGGAGUCGUGUCUCAGGCCAUGGUCAUGUGUGCCAGCUCUCCAGACAAGGUGGAGAUCCUGGACCCACCCAGUGGGGCAGCGCCAGGGGACAGAGUCACCUUUCAGGGAUUUCCGGGUGAUCCUGAUAAGGAGCUGAACCCUAAGAAGAAAGUUUGGGAGCUGGUGCAGCCCGACCUGCGCACAGAUAACCAGUACGUGGCCACCUACAAGGGGGCUCCGUUUGAGGUUGCCGGAAAAGGAGUCUGCAAAGCUCAGACCAUGAGCAACAGUGGCAUCAAAUAGAGCCUCGGGGCUCCACCCAGCCUGGAGAAAUGUGAACCGGGAGUCUGUAGGAGCUGCAGGGUUUGCUGAUCGCUCUGAUGAAAGUCACAAUUAUAAUAAACAGUUUGGCCGUUG